UAUGAGUACAACUCUCCCUCGGGGUCGUUGAAUGUGUCAUCGAGCUCAUCAAGCGGGGGCGGGCACAAGGGGAGCGUCGACGCCUUGGGCAGCGGCGCAAUGGACUUCUCGGCGUCCCAGUUGAACAUCGGAGAGGCAGCUGGCGGCGGUGCCUGGGCCUCGGGGUUCAGUCCAGGCCACGGAACUUCCAUUGGAGGCGGUGGCAUGAGCUCGAUUGGUCCAGCAGCUUUUGUCAACAGCUCCUCGACCCCUCAAUGCGGCACCAGAGGAAUUAUUGAGUACCUCAUCCGGAUUGUGCUUAACACCCUUGAGACACAGGUUCACAUUUGCAAGGAGCGUACAGACGAUGAUGUUUUCGACUCGCCCUCGUUGUUUGUACCGAGGUUAAGAGAAGCAAGUUGCAUUAGCGGUGAGCAGAAACCGGCUCGGGACGUUGAAGCGACGAUUCAGGAAGACGAUGACGAGGUCCUUGUCAUGCCAGGAAUCACCAUCUCCCAGGACACCAUCUCAGACCAAUCACACGUAUCCUCCGAUAAAGAGGGCCCAGAAUCUACUGACCUCUGUCCUACUGGUCUUCCCGAUCCAGGUGCCCUUGCAGAGGCGAGAAGCUUUCCUCAUUAUGCAAAGAAGGACCAUGACACGGAAGUGGUGGGAGGUCUUCUAUUUGCAUCACCCAUAAUGAGGAAGAAAUGCAGACGACAACAGCAGCAUAUCCGUGAUGAGCCUCAGGAGACAUCCAUAGAUCACGACUCGACUGAAACCAAGGAAUCGUCUGAGGUUCCAUUCAGCUUGAAAGUGGCUUCUACUGGUUACAAACAUUCAAAACCGGGUGCGGUUUCGCAGGAAGAGAAGGCCAUUGCACCUCCAACUGUUGUGGAAACGUGCGCUGAAAGGAAGGGGCCAUUUGAGAUACAGAAGGUUACCGUGGCAUCGGUGGACCAGCGUCAUCAAGACGCAAAAACUACGGAUUUUGGCGGUUUGGCUUCCCGUCUGCACUUUGGGAAAACUCCACCGUCAACAGAAUCAAUUAUUGACAUGACCGUGCCGUCACCCAUUCUCAACGGUGGGAACAGCAAGCUCUCCGUUGCACCUCCACGUGAUCGCCCUCCACUUAACCGGUCACCUGAAGUCGAUGAUGAAGGUAGUGGUGGUGGUGCUGGUGGUGGGAAUGAGUCCCUCAAGGCACAGACCUCCUCCUCGCUUGAUGACUCCACCGGUGCCCACAAGACACCUCGCAGCGGUGUCGGCGGUGCGCGUCGUGUCUCCUCGGCCCGAACACGCUCCCCCCAUCGCGGUUGCACGAACUUCGAGGUCACGUCAAACAUGACCUCAGCUCUCGCUACUGCUGCCAUCAACACCGAGCGAUGCCCCUGGUGCCAGGCGGUGCUAGAAACUCACGAUGAGGCGACCAUUGGCCUUGGACUUAUAUGUCUAGCUACGUUUGUCCACAGAGAGCCAAGUCUCGCUGCGCCCUUUCUUAUCGAUAUGCUAAUGGUUGCGUCCAGAAUAGCCACAUCGACAAUUUACACUUGGCAGAGGGUGCUACCAAACGUUAUUGUUUCCGGCAACACGGCAAGCAUCGCUCGGCAGUUUUUACGAUGCACAGUGUACAACUUGGCCCCUAAUGGAUUGUUUAUACAACUAUUUCAGACGCCCAUUCCAGACCCGAUCCUAUUCCGCGCUAUUAUUUCAGUUUUGGUCAAUUUUGAGGAGCACAUGUCACCCUUCUUUCCCCUGAUCUCAGCCUUGGAUAAUUUUAAUAAGCGCAAAACCCUUCCAUCUGAAACACUGAAUGUGGUUCUUGAGAACAUGGCCACCUACCUGGAGUAUCUGCCACGCCUGACUGACGAGCAGAAGUGGAACAACUUUAUUUCGACUGGAUGGGCUGAAUUAAUGCCAAUAGUGGAGACCUUUUUCCGGAAGCUCGCCCAACUUAGACCCCUGCCAGCUAGUCUUGCGUCAACGCUUCGCUCCAUGAUUUGUAUCUUGCGAGCUCCAACUAGCUCUACAACGAAGGAGCGUGUAAAAUCUCAACUGACGAAAGUAAUUGUAGAGUCUCUCGUGAGUGCACUCAAGUUUCGCAUCUACUUACCUGAUGAAAACCUGCUCAAAACUCUUCAGCUUGUUGUUAUGGACGCCGGGGGUACAUUAGAGCCCAACCAGAUCUCCCCAGGUCUAACCAACCUCUUCAAUCCUCAGACCUUCCAUCUCUUCUCCACCGGUGCUGCCGAACUAAUGAGGCCUCAUAUCGUCGACUGUCUCAACAUUCUCUCCGAUGUCCACAUGAUACGCAAGGUUAAACAAGCUCAAAAAACGGCAGUACAGCCCUUGCAAUCAGGGAACCCAAACGAUGCCGGUGGCGGUGUAGGUCCAGGUAAUACAUGGAAUUCCACAGGUGGGAUCUCGGGAGGCGGAGUGCAGAAUCCGGCUUUUGCAGGUUCCGCUUCCUGUCCGCCAGCCGCCUCAGCAAACGCUCCUUCUCUCCACGAAGACACAAUCGGAGCCCAUCUCAAAUCAGGCCUCGCUCAAUAUGUGGCGCUUGAGCUCUCACGCCACUCAAAUGUGAAGGACGAAGACGUUCUCCACAUUCUUGCUCCAGGUCUAAUUGUCAGCGAAGCAGCUCCUGAAGUGUUGGACGUGCCGCAAAAGAAGGGAGGGAAGCAAACGUCUACCCAACAACAGCAACAGCUUCAACAGGUACCUGGUACGGCCUUAAAGUCAACAGGAUCCCUUUCCGUUGGCGGAAGCUUCCGUAGUGGAGGUCAGUCCAGUGGCGGAGGAAGUUUCAGUGGCUCGAGGCAAUUCGGUCGUGGAUCAACUUCGAUCAUUUUUGGCGGAGGCGAUGGGCCGAGCAGUGACAUGGGGUCAGUUUAUUCUGGACCGAAAAUUUCAACGUCUGGGGGAGCCGGCACGACUAGUGCCGGAGGUCACAUGUCUUUGACCGUGCCGAAUCUCUCAAGUCGAAGUCCAAGCAUCGCGUCGGUUUUGGCCGCUCCCGGUGGAGUGGGACAGCAGUCGAUCAUGUCAAUCGGACACUUCGCCCUGGUGCCAACGCCCCGUGACUUUCUGCUGUGUGUCGAACGGGUGAGGACGUUAACUUGGCUUCUUCUGGGAGCUACAAUGCACACUGCCCUUACAAGAGAUGCAACAGGGCUCACUUGCCGACCACUGCCCUUCACAUUCGUAAAUUCCGUUGCAGACCUCGUGAGGUUUCUGAUAUCUGGGUUUCCAGAACAGCAAAAGCUUCAGUCUGUUGCUGUUAUGUCGUCGUUGUAUCACGCCUUCCUACUCUGCCAGGUUUGGACGGUGUAUUGCGAAGCUUCUGGAAGUUUGCAUCCCGUCAGUUCUAAUGCCUACCUUGCCGCAAACGCUACAGCCAUGGAAUUUUGGUUGAAGGUUGCACCAACAAUUACCCACUUGCUCUCAGUCUCCGACGAUGCAACAGCAAUUAAUGGCCAUCUGCUAACGGUGCUGGAAGAAUUGAUGGAGUGCCGAUCUAUCAUUGUCAACAAGUUACCCGGAAAUGUACUGAAGCGCCUGCAAAAGUGUAUUGAGUGGGAACCCCCAGAGCCUGAAGGUCGCCUUCACGUUCUGAUGAGGUCGGUUAGCCCUUUGCAGGAGAAAGGCGCAAAACGGAACUUGGCCAAUGACACCUCAGCGUACCUAUCGUCAACCGGUAACGUGGAUGUCAACUUGUGUUCAGCAAACAGCUUGAACGGGUGCACCAACAAGGAGGGUCCAUGCGCGGGUCACUCAUUGGCCCCCGGGAUGCCCACCGUAGCUGGACCUGAUUCCACGCCCACGCGAACAGACGCAGCCUUUUCAGAGGGCUGCGGAUGUGCCGGAGUGGGUCAUGCUGGUUUCCUCUCUAAUCGACUUGUUCGGUGGUUGAGGAAGCAGAUUUUUGUUCUUGGUCGAAAUGAGGACCAGCAUUCAACAGCCACGCACAUUUUUAUUCACUAG